AGAGCAUCACAUAAACUUCUUAAGUAAAAAGUAAAAUCUCUUGCUCAUGUGUUUCAGGAAAAUUCAUUUGUAUCUUCCUAUUUUUCUAAUACGGUGAGAAUUAUUUUUAGUUGCAAAAUACUUUCCUUUUAAAUAGUAAUGCACUAGGGCUGGGGAUUUAGUUCAUCGGCAUAAGCACCUGCCUUGCAAGCACGCGGUCGUAAGUUUGAUCCCUGGUACCGGUAAAAAAAAAAAAAAAAAAGUAAUGAAUUUAGAUUUUCUUUUUGUAAGAAAUAUAAAUGAUAGUGACUGUACUCUUUGAUGAUCAUAAGAAAACAACUAAGUAGUAUAUACAGUAUUUCACUUCAUUUACUAGACCUAUCAUUUGAUUUUUUUCUUUGAUUUUUUAGUACCUUUUUGUAUGAGAUAUAUAGCAUCAAAUGUCUUUUAUUCUCAGUCCUAGAUAAUGGGGAACAGAAUGGAAGUGCUGGUCUGUUGGUGGCAGAUUAAUGUACCAAAAUUGUCUACAUGAAAUUGCUUCCUUCAUGUUAGAAUAUAAUUAGAAAAAUUGAGUCUGCUUUUAACCUGUUAGUAGGUAACAGUAAUAUUAAUUGACUAAUAAUUUUGGAGGCAAAAUUUUAAUCCUUUCCAGUAUUUGCCAGGUAAAAGUUUGUGACACUGCCAUUCUAUGAAAAUACAGUAAUGUAUGAUGGUAUAGGCCUGUAAUCACAGCAAUCGGAAGGCCAGGGUAUGAGGAUGACUACAAGUUUGAAGCCAGCCUGGGCAAUAUAGUGAGUUCACAGCCAGCUUGAAUUACAUAGUGAGACCCUGUCUCAAAACAAACAAAAGUGCAGUGUAAUUAGCUGGGGAUGUAGCUCUGUGCCAGGAGCAUGUCCCUAGUAUGCCCAGGGUCCCAGGUUCCAUCCCAGGGGGGCGGGGGGGAGGGUUGGCAGAGAUAAUGUAUAAAUAGUAAUUAUAUUUGCAAACAGUAUUUUAUAAUAGAACAAGUUAAUUCAGUGAAAAUUUUCAUUGUAAUUUUAAGAUAUACUUGUUUGAAAAUAAUGUUUAAUAAGGAUUUAUGGAAAACAUUGUAUAUUUCAGAGUUGCUCAUUUGGUCCACCUCUUCUAAGAAGAUAGAGGUAGAGGUGUAGUGGUUCAUACCUAUAAUCCUAGCACUUGGGAGGUUGAGGGGGAUCACUGCAAGUUUGAGGCCAGCCUGAGCUACAUAGUGAAAUCCUGUCUUAAAGCAAACAAAAAGUAAUAAAAAGAUAUGGUUAGUUGUUGGUAGAUCUCUCAUGCCCAAAAAAAAAAAAAAAAAAAAAGUCAGGUAUGGCUAUAAAUAAUUUUGAGUAAAGUCUGGUUGUUUCUUGGGGAAGAAGUAGUAAUGAAGUGCUCUGAUUACAGUCUAGUUAUUUACUUUUAGUUAUGGAAUCAUCUUUAAAAUUAGUUAUGCUUGAAUAGUUUCCUUAGUGUAAGAAAUGAUAAGAAUACAUAAAAGUAUGUGGUAAUCAUGAUUCCCAGUCAUAUUGGUUUGAAGCCAUAUAAUGUUUUCACUCAUUAAUUGCAAUGAUUUUAACCUGGGUUGUUGGGUUUUGGUAUCUGUGAUAAUAUGAAUAGCUAUUUUGAAGAAAACAACACAACAUAAAAGCUAGUGCUGAUUUAAUAUCAUCUUGUUUUGAAGUCCCAUCAAGCUGUGGUACAUCUGUUUUCACUGGCUUUAACAUGUUGUAUCUUACUAUAUUUCACUAUAUGCAAUAGUAUAAACAAAAUUUUUUAUAGGCAAAGAGAUAAUAUAGAAACUGUUGUUCGUUUUCUAUUAGCUGGUUCUAAAUACCCUGUAAUUCUUUCAUUCUCUUGAAGGACUUCACACUGUCUUGAUAUGCUAGAUGCUAUAGCAUAUGCAGUUAAACUCAAAUAAUUCAAGGAAAGAGGCACUAUGGCUACUACCAUUAUGUUAGAUUAUCUGGUGGUGAAACACAAUGAUGCUUAAAUUGUUCGGUUCUGACCUGUGUUGUUCUGUUACAAUGUCCCCUUUUAUCUCAAUAUUUUCUUGAAUUUUUUUAAGGGAAAACUAAAUUUAAAAAUAGGACAUAUUAUAGUAACUUUUUUGUUUUCCUAUUAACCUAAUUUGAACCCCAGUAUUGUUCUCCCCAUCUUGUUCUGUCUAAUUAUUCUAUAUUCUAUUUUGUUUGAUAGUAUCAAGUUUGAGGGUAUAGGCAACCACUUUGAAGGCAAUAAGAUAUACUAUAAUGCCCGUUAUGGUUUGACUGUUAUCUUUUUUUGAAGUCCUGUAAGGUCUCCAGUGUAGGUUUUAUUGGUCUUGUUCUGUACUGUUUUGAUCAAUUCUAUUAUACCUAAUGAUAUAGGCAACUCAAUUUAAAAAUAGCAAGAGGCACAAUGGUAACCACUUUUGAUCACCUGGUAUUCUAUUUUUGCAUCGUGUACUAUGCUCACCCUUUUGUUCUGACUCUGUUUUGCUUAGUCACAUUUGGUUUUAUUCUCUUCAAAAAAAGUAAUAAGAACUGUGGGAGUAAUAAAACCCAAAAAGUAUAAUUGUUAUUGUAAAAAAGAGAGGAAAGGAAGGUGGACUGAGGGAUAUAACCGCAGGUAUGUUUGAGUGGGUAGGAUGGAAAACCAUAUUACUGAGCUUUUGUUGGAUCAUUGAAUGGAACUGUCUCCAAUAUCACUGUAUGAAUGUCCACUUUUAAUUUUAUAAUUUGGACAAUUGUUUCUAGGAAGACAAUAUGUAACCUAUUAACUAGUGAUUUCUUACUGUAUAUUUUUUUUCUUGAAAUUUUGUAUUAUACCCUUUUACUGCUUUUUUUAUGUCCUUUUUUUCUCUUUAAAUAAAAAAAAACUCUAAAAUAAAAUAAAAUUAGUUAUGCUUACGCUCAGCACAUAAAACAGACACAGUGUAUGUUCUUCAGGUUGAACUAGGUGCAGUGGGCCUGCAGCAGUUCUUGCUUAGUAUAUUUAACUCUUGUAUCCCAGAAUACUCUGUUUGAAAACCAAUACUGCAGUAAAAAGAAAGCACAGGAUUUUCAUUAAGGUAGCUUUGGUAUUCAUUAGCAAUGUGAACUAGGUUAAAGUUGCUUAUCAGAGCCAGAAGUUUCCUCAUCUGUAAAAUGGGGAUUAAACUACUUCAUAGGAUUAUAGCAAGCAAUACCCCUGGCAGAAAUAUGAAUUCAUUAUUUUCUUACUCAUCAGAAAUCUGAAGCUUGAAUCAUUACUGGUAUUUUUUAAAAAUCCAAAUGUUUCAAAUGCUACAAACUCCCAAGAAUAUAUGCGUUAAGUAGAUGCUUAAUAUGCUGUGAAUAAGAUUGCACCCUGAUAGGUUCUCCCAUAAUGCAAUUUACCUGGUCAUUUUUAAAAGAUUGUUAUAGGCACUCAACAGGUGCUUCCAUUUUUUUCAAAAUUGCUCUCAGAUAUAUCUGCUUUAGUUUUAGAGUGGCAAACUUCUAAAAAUAUUGGUGCUAUUACCUAGGUGUUUAAAUCAAGUGUUUGGAACUAGUGUAUGUAUUUUACAGCUAAGAUGUAGAAUUUAUGGGGACGUAGAAACCUAACAAGUUUUCAUUUCUGCCAAUGUAAAGAAUGCUUACAGUCUUGGAAGAUAAUACACUUGAUGGAAGAUAGUUCAGACCUUUGUUGAUAAAGUUUAAAUUUUUUGCUUACUAGUGUUUUGCAAAAUUUCUUGUAGUUUAUAUAUACACAUACUAACAAAGAUCUGUCUUAGACAUUCUUAUGUCUUCUAGGCUUUAUAGCUGUGAAAUUGAAGGAAACUGGGACAUAAAUAUUUUGAGAAAUAUAAUGAAGGUUGUUAGUGACACUCUAAAAAGGUCUGAUUAGUUUUUAAUAUCACUGAAGUUCUAUCAGGUAAUACAGUUACAAUAAGACACUACAUAUAACUGCACUCUAUAGAGAAGAUAUGACUAGUGUGGAAACACGGAUCAUGGAACUCCUUUUACUGGCCUUGAACCGCUGAGCUCAAGGUAUUUGGUCUCACAGCAUCCUUAGUAUCUGGGAGUACAGGUGUGUGGCGACAUAACUUAUGAGGCUUUUUAAUAGCCAGGUUGGGCUUGAAAAAAAAAAAACAAUGGGUUAAUUUCAGAAGUUAAUGUUUUAGAAUAAUACUAUUCUGCGUUCUUUUUUUCCUAAAUACUCAUGUUUACAUUUACAUUGCUGCUGUCAGUAUGCCCUUUCCCAUGGGGUGCUAACCUUCAAGCUAAUAGAUUCUGCACCAUGGUCUUGUGGUGCUGUGUUUUAAGGAGAUGGGAGCUGUAUUUUGUUUUAAAAACCAGUUGAAAAGGCAGUUCAUUCACCCAGUCAUUUCAAAACAUAGUUCUAAGUCCCAGGCACCCAUGUGCCAGUUUGUGGGUGGAAAGAGAGCUAAAAGCCCCCGUCAGCUUUGCCACUUGGGUCAGUGCAGCAGCUCCUGUUUGUCCUCUCCACUUGUGCACUGAUGUGUGGUGUUCUGAGAGCAGUGGGAGGGUCACUGAAGUCCAAAAUCCAACAACCAGAGAAGUCUUUUCUAACUCAUUCUUGUUUGCUCUUUAAUUCCUCUUUCCUCUGCCCUGCAAAUCCUUAUUUACUUAACCACUGAUGUGAUGUAUUUGUUUAGUAUUCAUUGUAUUACCAUUACUGUAAUUUUUGAAGUUUGAAGAUGCAUACAUGCAAAGUGGUAUUGCAUAUGUGAAGAAUGUGAUAAUAUAUUUGGAAAAAAAUCUAGUUUUUUUUUUUUUUUUUGUACCAGGGAUCAAACUCAUGACUUCACAUUUGACAGGCAGAUGCUGUGCUACUGAGCUAUAUCCCUAGCUCCUAGUCUCUGUUUUAAAACCUUUUGUUUUUUAUUUUUAUAAAGAUAAGGUCUUUCUAUGUAGCCCAGGCUGAUCUUGAAUUUGAAAUGAUCCUUCUGCCUCAGCCUCCCAAGUGCUGGGAUUACAGGUGUGUACCACCAAAGCCCAGCGUGAAAGCAGUUUUUUGUGUAUGCAAUAUUUUGUGUGUACCGGGGAUUGAAUUUACAACCUUGCACUUUCCUGGCAGGCGCUUGUACUACUGAGCUAAAUCCCUGAGCCCUGCGUAUCCAAUAUUAACUUGAUUUUGUAUUCAUAAAUGCUUUUCAUCCUAAUCUCAGGCAACUUUAUAUGCUGACUAUGGCCAAAAGAGAAGGCAAACAACUGCACAAGAAUUUUUUUAAAAAAGAGAAAACAACUGUCAAAUGCAACAAAAUAGGACAGUAGAAAAUCCACAAUUGUUACUGUGUUGCAUAUUGUUAUCCUUCAAAUAAUUGCUCAGACUGCCAGGCCCAGGCUUGCAAAGUCAAACAACACAAAGGUCAGGUUGCUUCCCUAUCAACUCAGCUUGUGUUGCAUGUGGUUGCCUGUGGGGGGAGGAGUGCAGCAGAGGCAGCUGGCUUGCUGGUCCUUCCACUAGCAGGGCAGUCUGUACCCCACACCACAUGGGGCUGCACAGCGUCUGCUGGCUCUUCCCAGGCAGCGUGGGCUCCACCAAUGUGUAGGGUAGGAGCUGCUGGCCUUGCUCCUUCUCCCUGGCUAGCAAGGACCCCACUGCAUAUAGGUUCCCUUGCUGCUUCUCCCCAGCUGGCUGCACAGGACUUUCUUGUCCAGCUGAUGAAGGAGCGCCAUGGAUAGAUAGUAGGAGUAAAUACAGGGUCCAGUGGGGGCUGUUUGGUGUGACACUAAUUUUCACCUUCUAUUGUCAUUAUUGGUUGCUUGAUUCCUUUUGCUCUUGGCCUGAAAUUUGUAAAUGUGUCAUUCGGAGAAAUCCAUGCUUUUCCUCCAGUGGAGGAAUGGAGUUAAAGCUUCAAAAGUAACUUUAUGCCUUUUAUGACAAAGCUGGAGGGAUAGUUUGGCAAGAGCCAAUUCCCUGCUUCAAAUAUGGUACAGAUAUGACUUUGCCAAGAUUCAGCUGCUGCCAGUGUGCUAAUCGGAGGAACCGGGGCCUCUAAGGGGUGAGUAGGCCUUGCAGUCGUCUCCAUCAUGAGUGGACUAAGGCCCUUUAAAAGAGGCUUCCCUUAGGUUUGGCUUUUUUGCCCUUUCUCCUGCUGUGUGAGGACACAGUAUUAACCUCUCCAGACACAUCCUUUACCAACCCAUUAGACCUACUAGCACCUUGUUCUUUUCCAUCCUCUAGAACUCUGAGAAGUAUGUCUGUUCUCUACAGAGUGCCCAGUUUCGGGUAACGUGUUACAGUAUGUAACCAAGAGUCUUCCUCCAGAGAAGCCACUUAUGCUGGUGAUGGUGACCAGGCCCACUGUGCUUUGUCCCUGAUGUUGCAGCACUCUUCCUUCUGAAACGUGUCACCAAUACGCACCAUGUACUCUUUAGUUACCUUCUGUGACCUAACUAGACCCACCUGUUUCCCAAGAGACAGAGGAAAGAGACUGUCCCUUUAGAAAUUAAACAUGCCAUUGGUUGGACUUCAGUUUGGCAGUUUUUCUUAAUGAAAGUUGUCAAGGUUUUUACUUCAAAAGCUUGCAUUUGACUCAAGUUUAUGCAUCUGGUUUAUAUAAUUGGUAUACUAGUUUUUAAAUUACCAAGGUUGGCAUGACUAUGAAUUUACUGUUUGUAGAAACCCAAUUUGUGCAAUGAAAAAUGAAUUUAUUCAGUGUUGUUGUCAUACUGGGCUGUGCACUGAAGAUAUGUUUGAAUGAGGCAAAAGCUAUUUGUUCCCUCCCAUAGGCACACUUGACACUGGGCUUGGGUGUGCUCAGUGUUAAAAUACUUUGAUAGCAUGCGUGAGACCCUAGGUUCAAUUCCCAGUACCACACAAAAACCAAAAACAGUAAAAUAUCAAAAACAAUCCAACGUGCAAAGGCAUCAUUUCAGUGUAUCCCUUCUUGUGUAGAAGUUACACUAGAAGCUAUUCUUCCUCAGUAAGUGCUUGGCUGAGCAGUGCCUAGAUUUCCUGUCUUAGUGUCACCUUUGGAAAAUUGAUAAUACAUUCAUUUUAAAACUACACUAAAUACAAAUACUGAUUUACUGCCCACUUAUACUCCUUCAAGGAGUGUUGCAUGCUCUUCAAUGCCUACAGAUGUGUGUAUAAUAAUGCCUGUUCCCAUGGCUUAGAAAAUGAGUUGGUACAAAGCAGAUUGGUAUAAAAACACACCCACCCAACCACCCCCAAGGCAUGUUUAGUAAUCACACAGUCUUUCUUCUGAUGUUAAAGCAGCUAUAAGAGUCAGCCAAAACCAACAAGCAAAAAUAGCCCUAUUUAUAACUACAGUCCUAUUGCAGGUUUAUUGAUGAGCCCCACUGUUAAUGUUCUGUUUUUUUUUUUUUUUAAGACGGACUUGACUUGUAGUCCAGGCUGGCACCAAAUUUAUAAUCCUCUUGUCUCAGCCUCUUUGCUGGAAUUACAGGGAUUAAAAUUCUUAAUCUGUUUAUCUUACAUUUUGUUAUGGUAUUUUUUCAUCAAAGACUUCAAUAUUUUACUCCAUUUUGGGGUUCUCUUGUUGGCCAAGCAGGUAAAUGCUAGUGGCCAUUAGGGACAAAAGUGUAGGUGGGGAUCUAAAAUAGAAUACAUUCCUAGUUAAGUAAAGAAAGAUACCGAUAUUUAAUACAUUUAUAACCAUUUGUGAGGCCUCACUCCCAAAGCAGUCCCACAGAGCACAAUGACAUUUUAAGUUUAUAUGGGAACACAUUUCUUCUGAUGGUGGGCCACCUGGUCUCAUUCCAGAACAAGGCAUAAGGCAUUCCUGGCUGCCAAAGACUACAGCCCAAUAACACAGGGAAGAAAAUGUUCUUUUAGUAUAGACCCUUCUACCCUGGGCUGGGCUUGGUUUAAAUUAAGAAGUAACCUUUGGGGUUGGGGAUUUAGCUCAGCAGCAUAAGUGCCUGCCUUGCAAGUGUGUGGCCCAGAGUUUGAUCCCCAGUACCGAUAAAAAAAAAAAAAAAAAAAGAAAUGACCUUUUGAUUUUCCUUUUGGGGUGGGGGUUUGCUGAGGUUCCAACUCGGGGCCUUUGUGCUUGCUAGGCAAGUGCUCUACCACUGAGCUAAAUUCCUAACCCAUCAAAUUUGGUUUUGUAAAUUCCUUGUAUAAGGGGCUGGGGAUUUAGCUCAACGGCAUAAGCACCUGCCUUGCAAGCAGGUAGUCGUGAGUUCGAUCCCUGGUACCAAUAAAAAGGAAAAAGACAAAAAAAAAAAAAAAAAUUCCUUGUAUAAGUAAAAGCCCUUGAGGAAGCUGACCAUUUAAAAGGACACGAAGACAUUUUGCAAUUCCAAAGUAACUAAGUAAAGUGUUGGUAUCAUAAUUACCUAGUACGAAACUCAUACUCAGUGCAAAUGCCUUCUACUUAAAGGCAUAAUUUUCUAUAUCCACUUUAUAAUAAAUUCUACCUAUACUUCUGCACCUAUGUGUCUUGACUGAAUUCUUUAAAAAGAAAGGACCAAGGAAUUAAGGGGCCAGUUUCCCACUAAUAGCUUGGUACAGUGAUGGGAAGAGUUUCUGUAACAGUAGAGCUUGCCCAAGAAUAACAAUUGUAAUCUUUAACGGUGGUAGUUUUGUAAUGUAUAUGUUAUCUAUUUUAACACGGCCUUUGGCUGAGAUCUUCAGAUCCAUAUGUGUUACCUUCCAUUUUCACCUGGAUGUCUCAAUAGUACUAGCAACUAACAAGUCUUAACACUGAACCUUCUUAUUCCUGUUCUCGGUAAAUGGUGUGUACGUUCGCAUACUUUUGCACAGAACAGAAACAAAACGUAACCCCUCCCCUCUCCCCAGAUGGUGUGUUACUUUUGCCUAGGUUGGUCUCCAACUCCUGGGCUCAGGUGAUGCCCUUGUCUCAGACUUCCAAGAUGCUGGGACUGCCAGGGCACCACCACUAAGUGCACUAGAAGUAAUCUCUAAUGUCAUCAUCUUCACAUUACAGAUCAAUCACUUCCCAAAUUCUACAGAUGUUACUUUCUAUAUCUUUUGAGUGUGUUCAUUUAUUUCUCUUUACUAAUACCCUACUUAGAAAUUUUUGAACUGGGUUAAAAGAAUGUAAAAGGUUCUUUUUUCUUCUAGUACCUAAAGGCUUGAUAAAACCGCAUGGACUGAAACUGCAAUUUUGGGACCUCUGAAGCUCUAUAGUGCCUUUGAUUCCAAACUAUAAGGUGACACCAGUGAGGAGGAAGAGGGACAACAAAUUGGAGGAAAUUAACCCUUUGCUCACCCAUGCUUACCAGCCCUUAAAAAGAAGUUCAGGAAAAAAAAAAAAAAAAAAAGUUCAGGCCCAGGUUUUCCGCUGAGCAAGACUUCUGUGGUCUGUACAAUCAAGGGUCAUUUGAGAACUUGUUCCUAACUGCUGUUUUGAAACCUUUGUCCAUAUUUCUCGUUGCCAUUAGUUUGGAAACCAGAGCCUUAAUUCUGUGAAUAUAAAACUGACACUCAAGAGCAAUACUAAGGCGUGUCUGACCACUAACUUUGUACUAAUGAAUAUGACGACUGAGUAAGUUUUCUUAAGCUCAUUUUCUAGAGUAAAGGCAACAAGAUGAUGAAAUUUCACCGACAUUACUUGGAAUUAAAAAUUAGCCUUAACACGAAAUGACCCCUUGCACGCAAUCUGGGAGCGCUCCGGGGAAAGGACAGGUGGCCAGAUGCGGAGUGGGAACGUGGGCUCAGCUAGGUGCAAAUACACUGAUCUUAGUGCCCUCGAAGUCGGUUUUUAAGCGUGACGGCCCAGGAUUCGGGCCGGGUUCUUCCCUGCGGCAUGGGGGCUAGCAGUGCUUUUUUUCAGGCUUAGGGAAAGGCGAACGUGUCACUAAGGAACUGUGACACAGUGCCAACGUUCAGGCGAAAGCCUCGACUGACUGGAAGUCAGAGCUUUCGGUGACGCAAUUCACACGAAUCUGUCUUUUAGAAAAACAUGCAAAAUACACACAAAGAAGAAAGGACAGAAAGAUACAAGUUCUCAAAAGCUGUUGGUCAAAUCCGGAGCAGGCCACUAAAGUUUCUCGUCGGGGGAACCCGCUGGCGCCUGCUGGUCCAUAGCCCUGGUAUCGAGACCCUGGAAUUCCGUGAUAAUGGCCCAAUUAAUCAUUUUUCUUCUCUAUUUCUACUGAACAUAUGCUGUGACUUAAUACUCAUUGAAAACCGGAGAAAGAUAGAAGAUUAUUUUUCACUGUGCCUCUUCUCCGCCGGCACCGCCGAAGGCAGCUUCUACUGAGGGUUACGAGGGCCCGGGGUCCUGGAUUUCCAUGACAACGCAAGGCGUCCUCAAGCGCCCGGCGGGAAAUUCGAUUUGCUGGUAACAGGUUGCAAGUGUCCGUUUCCCGUCGGUUUAAACGAAGAAACGAUGCGAGCCUUCGCCCUGUCAGAUCUCCCAGUCCAUGGAGCUGUCGCGCGCGAGGGCACUGCUUGUGGGGAAGGUUGUGGUCCCGAGCUGACCUUCCUAGAGCGGACCGCGUCACAGCUGCGGGCGGCCUGUGUAGGGACGACGGGAGGGUGGAGGGGUGUGCCCUUCCUGGUCUCCUCCGGACCCUGACGCACUCACAAACUCCUUAAGUCACAUCAGAUAAGCUGCGAGGUCACUGAGGUCUCCGAAAGAAGGAAAACCACGCUAAAUGAAUUGAGACCCCGAUCGAAACAUAAGCAUUUUAACGUGUCUCUGUGUUUUGUUUUGCCUCUAGGACAAUGUAGGGCCCUGAAAGUGCCAGUGUCACACUGAUUUAUUUCUGACUUAACUUUCUGGAGGAAUAUUUCACGUUACUAAAAAGAGCAAUAGGAAGCAUUAUCAUGUCUCUCCCGAAAACAGCACCCUCGCCAUUAAGCUCCCCAGCAUCAUAUGAGCGAAAAAAGUCAAAAGUAUCUGCAGUCCAGGAGACAAGAGGACUUCCGGAGAUAAGAGAGAAAAAAAUUAUGGUGGAUCGUUCCAAACCUCUUCCUACAUCCCUUCAGAAUGAGUUCAUCCCUGAGGAAGUUCUGCUUUCUCUGACCUAUGCAACCAGUGCCGGUCCUUGUCCUGAAAAUUUACUGCCUCCUAAGAAAGUUAAAACCCCAACGGGUACCCUUCCACGCACUGUAGAUGCGGUCUGGCAGCACCCCAUUCACAGGACUAAAUUCAAAUACCUGAUUGACCAUCCUGUCUCCCUAACAGGAGCUGCAAGGGAUAUUUCUUUUUUGUAUGAUGUUAAAUAUGUAAAAGGGGAGAUCAGAGAGAAUGUAAUUUGUCCCCCACGUGGGGACCGCUCAUUACAAUCUGAAGGUGAUCACGAUAAACACGACGGUGCCAUCAUGACUCAUAAGCCCAAGAGAUUAACAGAUACUUUAAUUCCUGAAGAAUUCCAUAUUGUGUCAAAUACAGGAGUUUUAGGUUUGGAGUGCUACGAUGACAAAUAUACUACUCUUCUCACGGAUAGUGAAAACAGGCUAUUGCUCUUUCCAUCCAUGAAACCUAACAAAAGAGUGGAAGUGGUCCAACUGAAUGAAGUGAUGGAUACUAUGCUGGAGAGGGCUGGGGUAGAAAAUCGGGAAUAUGUAGGACCAACCAAGAUGCACCAGCUACUUCACAUGUUAAAGAAGGAACAGACCAUCUAUAACACAGUAUUUCAUGAACUUAUCCGACAAGUCAGUGUGGACUGUGCAGAUAGAGGACAGCUGCUGUCUAAAAUCAGAGAGAGGUAUGUGCAGAUGCUUGACCAAAUUGCCAAGCAGAUGAUUGAGUUCUACAAAGACUUGGUAACUCAGCGAAUGAUGGAUCAGCGCAUUUUAGAAGAAUUGUAUAAUUUCAAGAAUGUUAUCGAGGAACUGACCAGGGAACUGUGUCUGGUUCGGUCACAUGACAUGAAAUUAACAAAGGAAUCAGAGAAAGCCCACAAGGAUUUGGCACAAGCUGUUUUAGAUGCUGAAAAGAAUGCCAAACUUGUAGAAGAAUACCAUGAUUUAUAUACCUUACAAAGGGGAAGGAUGGAGGCUGAUAUUAGACAGUUAAUGAAAGAAAGAGAUAUCUGGAGCUCAGCCACAUAUGAAUUGGCCCUAAAGGUCAUUGAAAGAAAUAAAGUCAUAUUGGCUAAACGGCUCUACCUCAAUGAAAAAGGCUGGCAUAAAUACACUAAGCAUUUCGUCACAUUGCUGUCAACCAAGGAUUCUGCAGACCUUGCUCAGUUGGAGAAAUUGACACACAACUGGCAAAACUUAAUGAACAAAUUUAAACUGGAUGUGGAACAAACUGAAGAGUCUACAAGGAAUAAAUUGCAAAUUAUUAAGGAUGGCCUUAUCAAAUGGCAGAAGUUCUAUGAAGAUAAGGGAAACAUUCCAUCCCCCAUUAAGGAAAAUACAUUUGAUUUGAUUGUUUCAGACUUCAAGAAGUGGCAAAGGGAACUAAAUGAUGAGAAAGAAAAUUAUACUGGGGAUAUCCUACUAUCCAGAUAUGAUACUCUCAAGAUUAUUAAGCAUUUACAGGACAGCUGGGCAGAUACUGGAAUGGGCAUACUUGGUCGCCAUAAAAGUGUCGAGGGGAAGAUGCCUGCAGAACACCAAUACUUGAUGGAAUUAAUAAAAAACAUAGGAAGACUCUACAAAGGAUAUGAAAUGAGAAUAAAUGGGGAUAAUGGUGUGUCUAAAAUUAUUGCAAAUUUGGUUAGUUUCUUUGAUUUCUGUUCUUUCACGUUGGAAAAUGUCCUGGAACAUUCUGAAAAUUUUCUUGAACAAUGGGAUGAAGUUAAUGAAAAAAUCAGUAAAAUGAAGUCUCAAAUAGAUUCACUGCUCAAUAUUAUAGGAACUGUUUCACAGUCGACAGACAUGGAUUCUGGCGCGAUACUCCAAGAGCAUAUAUUUAACAUGAUUCGACAAUGGCUUUUGAACAUAGGCAAUGAAAUUAACAACAGUCACAUGGAACUUCAGCACCGCGUGGAUGAGUUGCAUAUAUCUAUGAUCCAGUGGAUGGUAAAUUUGCUAAUUAUAAUGAUUCCUGACUAUACUGACCAUUACACUCUCCCAAAGUUGGAGGAGAAAGACACUGAGAAACAUGACAUGGCAACUUCACAGUUAGAACUGGAUGCAAUUGUACUGGCAAAAAAGUUGUCCCAAUAUACCACCUAUUUGAGCAGUUGUUGCAAAGGGAUGGUAACAGCAAUUGCUCUGAGUAGAGCAGCUCAUUUCAAAAGAAAUCCUGCUAAGGAACUUCGGGACCUGGAUAAGAUGAAGAAAGAAUGUUAUCAGUGGAUCAACACAUGUUCCCACCUGCUUUCUGCGCUCAAAGACAAAAAAAUGAAAUUAUUGACAAGUGAAGAAAAAGAGAAACUACUUGAAGAAGAGGACAUUCUAAAAAUAUUAACCGAUCCUGAAAUAGAAAAGCCUACUGAAGAGGAUAACGAGAAAAAUAAGGAGGUUGAGAAACUUGAACAGGAAGAGAAAACAGAAGAGAAACCUUCAACAUCUACAGAGAAUGAUAAAGUCAUUUGGUUCAUUGGAAAAGAUGAAAAUAUUCAUUCCAAACCUCUCUUUGAAGCAGAUGCAUUGUCUUCCUGGAGAGAAUCGCCUCACCAAAGCACAAUGACUCAAAAGUAUCAGGAAGCAAUGACUGUAAUUGAAUAUAUGCAGGAAAAAUUAAUGGAGAUUGAAAGCAGAGCCAGAAGGGCGGAGGAGAGGUUUGAGGCUGUAAAUGAAAAGCUUCAUUAUACGCUCAUAAGAAAUAAAGACCUGGAGAAGGAGCUGGAGGAAAUAGUCAGUAAGCAGAGACAGGAGUCUGGAAAAGAAGAGGAAAUUGAAGAAGAAAAAAUAGAGGAGGAGAAAGAAGACAAAGAGGAGGAGGAGGAGGAGGAGGAAGGAGACAAGCCGGUCGAAACUGCCGUAAAGUCUCGAAAGAAAGAUGCACCGCGCACUGUUAAGUCCAAAACCCGGACUAAAUCCAUUAACAAGCCCAAGCCCAAGUAGCAUCCGUAGACACAGGGGUUCACAGUGGCUGUGCCCCUGCACAUGCCAGACAUCGCUGAGCUGUGGAGCUGACAACAUGCCUCACUUGGAGAUUUCACUUUGCAACAACUGCUAGAAAGGCCUUGGUGUACAACCCACGAGCAUUUAGUCUCAGAAAGCACAUCGAUGGCUGAGGGACUCAGUGUGGUAGUUUACUUCUCAGAUUAAAAACAGUUUAUGGAAAGGUU